UUGCUCUCAAUUUGCAUCCUGUCACAUGACCCACAGAGACACAGACAGCACAGACACACGGACAGCACAGAGACACAGACAGCACAGAGACACAGACAGCACACACCUUGCAGGAUGUCGAGUUCUUUAGUCGUGUGUGAGGUGGAUGCAGUUCUGCAGGAGAAACUGAAGAAGUUUCGUUUUCGUAAGGAAACAACGAACGCAGCCAUUCUGAUUAAGAUUGACAUGGAGAAACAGCUGGUGGUUAUGGAGGAAGAGUAUGAGGAUAUUUCUCUGGAUGCGAUCAGGGAGGAACUUCCAGAACGUCAACCUCGAUUUAUAGUUUACAGUUAUAAACUGACCCACGGGGACGGCAGGGUCUCAUACCCUCUCUGUUUCAUCUUCUCCAGUCCUGUGGGCUGUAAACCAGAGCAACAGAUGAUGUACGCGGGGAGUAAGAACAGACUCGUGCAGUCAGCAGAUCUCACUAAGAUUUUUGAGGUUCGUAAUCCAGAUGACCUGACAGAGGAUUGGCUGAAGGAGAAAUUGUCAUUUUUCCGCUGAAAACAGCAUCAUGAAGUGAUUUUAAAAUGAAGCAUAGAUCAGAGUUUAAACAUGUCUUUAUGUUGUAAGAUUAUUAUCAGAAUAAACUUCAACAGGUCUUAUUCUUUUAUUACACAUAGUAUUUACAAAACAAUCUAAAGUUGCAGUGUAAACACUUAAGGGGGUUCAUGAAUCAUGAUGAACUAAUAUUUCAAUUAAUUCUUACUUAAAUAUGAACUAAUGCUGAGUUAAUGCAUGUACUGAUCAUAAACUAAGUCAUCAUCAUUAACUACAACAUUUUACAUAUAAUUAAUUGUUAAUUAAUUAAUACAUUAACUACUAAAAACAAAGUCAUGUUAGUUUAUGAUAGUGCAUGCCUUAACUCAGCAUUAGUUCAUGUUUAAGUUAAAAUACAUUUAUGAUUAAGUUCAUUAUGAUUCAUGGACCCUUAUUAUAAAGUGUUACCCAAAAUAUUUGGUACUCAAGUGUGUGUAGUUAAAAUAUUUCAUCAUAGUUAUAAAAAUAUUAUACUUCAUAUGAUUUCAUGUUCACUAGUUCGUUCUUUUGACAUUUUUCCUGAAAAUGUGUUUGCUAUGUAUUAAUAAAUGCUUUGAUAUUUUAUAAACCAAUACAAUAGCAUUAAAACUAUGUAUGAUACCUA